CUACUUAAAGUUUUUUUUCUUCAAGUGAUCGUUUGUGUUUUGAUUUGUAUUUCUUGAAUUGAAAAUAAACAAUUUAUUUAUUCAAACAUAAUAUUCAACAGCAAAAUAUGAGAAAUUAUCAACUUGGAAUUGUUUUUAUUUUGUUAGCUUUUCAACAUAUUUCUGCGGAAGAACGACAUUUCCAUGAAAUUCAAAAUAUGGAAAAAGCUCAUAAAAGUAGACGCAGUGCAUCAGAUGUAUCCGAAGAUAUGAACAAAGAACCGCAGACAAAUUGUCAAAGCCGAAAUAUGCUUGGCUCUCAAAAACAGAAAGCCUCAAGUAUUGCAUUGAAAGCCGCUCAAGAAGCCAAAGCUGCAUCGAAUGCGCAAACUGCUGCCGGACAACAAGCUGCACAUCAGGUCAAAGCUCAAUUGGCUGAGAAAGCUUUACAAGCUGCAAGAGCUGCAGAAGCUGCAUUGUCAGGUAAACAAGGCAUAGUUGAGCAAUUGGAGAAAGAAGUUCGAGAAGCUGAGGAGGUUGUCCACGAAGAAACAGCUUCUAUGCAAAAUACACAAAACAAUGUAAAUGCUGCAAUGCAAGCAGCCCAACAAGCCACAACUCUGUUACGAACACUAACUCAAGCUGUACAAACUGCACAGGCAAAUGUUGGCAAUUCUGAGCAAGCUGCCUUGGGGGCACAACAAGAAUUGUCAGAAAAAACCCAAUUACUCGAAGCGGCCAAGAAUCGAGUUGAGCAACUUUUGAGGCAAUUAAGUGAAGCUCGAACAGAUUUUGCUAGCACAAAACAAGCUGCUUACAAGGCCUCUGCUUCAGCACAUGAGGCGAAAUUAAAUGCUGCUAAAAAUCGUCGUAGACGUAGAAUAAAUCGUCUCAGAAGGACUGACAUUAAAGGAGGCAAUUCAUUGGAAAACUGAAUUAAUUUACUAUUUUUGUUAAUAUAUUUUUGAGUUACAUAUAAUACAAAAUGUAGUUUUUUUGUU